CUUGAAUUGAGUUUCUACUAUCUUGUUUGUGCAAGAUGGAGUCAAGAAGAAGUAAAGUCUGUGGAGAAACAGCUUGUGGGUUUUCAACAUCGACAAGUGAUGCUAAAGAACGAGCUGCUUCGAUGCGAAAGCUCUGUUUCGUUGUGGUGUUGUGUCUUUUGUUCAUGAGCAUAGAAGUUGUUGGUGGCAUUAAGGCUAAUAGUUUGGCUAUAUUAGCAGAUGCAGCUCAUUUACUCACUGAUGUUGGUGCUUUUGCUAUCUCUAUGCUCUCCUUGUGGGCUUCUUCUUGGGAAGCAAAUCCGCGACAGAGUUAUGGAUUCUUCAGGAUUGAGAUUUUGGGCGCUCUUGUCUCAAUCCAGCUCAUUUGGUUACUCACUGGGAUUUUGGUCUAUGAAGCCGUAACUAGACUCGUUCAAGAGACCAAUGAUGAUGUUGAUGGUUUCUUUAUGGUUCUUGUUGCUACUUUUGGUUUACUUGUAAACAUCAUAAUGAUUGUUGUGCUUGGACAUGAUCAUGGACAUGGUCAUGAUCAUGAUCAUAGUCAUAGUCAUGUGCAUGGUCAUGGUCAUAGUCAUGGGGAAAAAGCUGAGCAAUUGUUGGAGAAAUCAAAGGAAAUGAGGAACAUUAAUGUGCAAGGGGCUUAUCUUCAUGUCCUUGGGGAUUUAAUCCAGAGCAUUGGGGUAAUGAUUGGAGGGGGUAUGAUUUGGUAUAACCCUAAAUGGAAAGUAAUUGACUUGAUAUGCACGUUAGUCUUUUCAGUUAUUGUUUUAGGGACAACCAUUAAGAUGCUUCGAAGCAUACUUGAAGUUCUAAUGGAGAGCACACCGAGAGAGAUUGACGCGAGGCAGCUCGAAAAGGGAUUGAUGGAAAUUGAAGAAGUUGUGGAUGUUCAUGAGCUGCACAUAUGGGAAAUUACAGUUGGUAAAGCUUUGUUUUCUUGUCAUGUCAAGGUUAGACCAGAAGCUGAUGAUGAUAUGGUGCUGAACAAAGUGAUCGAUUACAUCUGGAGAGAGUAUCGUAUCAGUCACGUUACGAUACAAAUCGAGCGUUAAAACAACAAAAGAGUUCAUCUCUCUGGUUUUCUGUCAUUUUCAUGAUCAAAGUUAAAUCUUUUUUCGCUUUCUCGUGUGCUCUCAUUACAUUGUUGUGACAUAUGCCAUUGUUUUUCUUGUCUAUGAAUAAGUUUUUUUUGGUCUUGUCUUGAAAAGGUAAUUAAAAGGACAUCAUAACU